AAUUGAGACAUUGAUUGAUCUUGCUCCUAUACGCCCAUAUCUAAGUUCUAUAUGCAAAUUGAUGGCUACCGAGACCCUGGUUUCCUCAAAACGAGCGAAAAAGCAAAGAAUGAGGGGUUGGUAACAUCGCGGGAUGUGUGAUACACUGUCAUGGUUGGGAACACGGGAUCGAUACCACCUAAAUACGAGCAAGAAAUGGUGAUCACGGGUAGGAAACCGGAAAGCGCUAAAAAACAGAGGUAUCUCGAAAACCUGAUCUCUAACAAGGAACACCUCCAUGCUGGGAUUAUAAGAGAAAGAACGGAUUGAACAUUGACGCUGUCC